AUGGCCCCUCCACCACUUAAAAAGGAACCCUCUCACUUCGAGGUCCUCUCCUUAACCCCCACGUCGCUCGACGGCCAGGACCCCCCCACGCAGACCAAGACGGUCAAGCAGGCGUACCGGCGGGCCCUGCUCAGGCACCACCCGGAUAAGAGCCAGCAGGCCAAGGCGCAAGAUGCGCCGUCGGACCCUUCUUCGUCGUCGUCGUCCUCAAAGUCAAAAUCGUCAAACGGGAUGCACUACACCGUAGACCAGAUCACAGAGGCCUACACGGUGCUCAGCGACACGCGGCAGCGGCGCGAGUACGUGCGGUCCCUGAAGACUGAAUCGCACUCGACGUCCGGGGCUUUCACCACAUCAUCAAAUUCCUCCAGCAGCGCAAAGCAGAACUACACGUUCAACUAUAGCAGCAAUGGCGACAACGGCAGUAGCAGCGGCACCAAGGCCCAGUCUAACCAGCCUCAGUCCUCCACGGGCGUCGAGAGCAUAGACCUGGACGACGUGGCGUGGGACGGACGCAAGCAGCUGUGGCACCACGCGUGCGGGCGGUGCGGCACGGACCGCGGGUACUGUUUCCGGGAGCUGGACCUGGACGAGGUGGGCGAGGACGGGGAGCUGAUGGUGCAGUGCACGGGGUGUUCCCUGUGGCUGCGCGUGCUCUUCGACGAGGCCGAGGAGGACGGCGAGGAGGAGGAGGUUCGGGGGGACAGGGACGUCAGGUCGCAGAGGAGCGGCAGCCAGGGGGGUGGCGAUCUGAGGCAUACGACGAGCGGCAGCUCGGCUGGGAAGAGUGGUGGCUGGAGUUGGAAGUUCAACAUCGGAAUAUCCCUGGGGGGCAGCGCGAGCGCGAGCGCCAGCGCCGGACGAAAGUAA